ACUAUAUAAAUAUACAUACAUUCUUUUCGCAUUAUGUUAUUACUGUUAGAUUAAAAUAAAAGUACAUUUAUUGUAAGAAACAGUGCAACUUUUAUUUAGUUGUCGCGUGUCAAAUUUAUAUUUGGCUCGCGUGAAAUAUAAUAAUGCACUUUAAGAAAACUCUUUGCGAUUGUUUAAAAAAAAAAGUUUGAAAAGAGUGCAUGUCAGAGCAAACUUCACACAGACGAAACGUCAAAUAAAUCUAUUUUCCUCUGUGUCGAGCAGUGUUUGGUAUUUUUGCAAAAUUAACAAGUCCUUAGAUAAUAAGAAUGGCUGUAUCGAUGAUACCAUGUAAAUACGAGUUUUCCAGAGGCCAUGGCAUCGGUGUAGCAGAAGCGCUUGGAAAUUGGGGUUUCUCUAACAGAAUAUGUAAUUCUGGUCAAGAGCUGCGACGCUUAAAGUGUCUCUUUGCGGAAAUGGAUUCUUUACGCAAAAAAAGAAAACCAGCAAUGUGUGUUAAAUAUGAUCCCAGAUAUGAUCCUAACGCGUGGUACGUUAAGCCUAGCCCCGAUAAAUAUAAACCCGCGUGGACAUUUCCUGUAAACAGACCUCUCAUUACUCAUUCUUCGACUGUCACGGUUAUGAAAUUCUUUGAUAUUAAUAAGUUCAAAUCAGAUAUAGCGCAAUUUACACCUGGUCGCAGUUACAUCCGGCAAGGCACGGACAAGUGGUAUCGUCGCAGUCCAAACUGUUGCUAUCAACCAAGCUAUUUAGCUCCGCAAUGUCCUACAUGA